AUGGUUAAUAUAUCAGUGAGUUACAGAGGAAUCAGAAGGAAAGUAGACAGUGACGACUGUGAGUUUGGAUAUAAUGAUCAGUCCUGGAGUCUGAUCAGCUAUAAAGGAGCUUACUCUAUCUGUCACAAUAACAGAAGAACAGACCUCUGUCUCCCCUCGUCCUCUGUCUCUCACAGAGUAGCAGUGUAUGUGGACUGGCCUGCUGGCACUCUGUCCUUCUACAGCGUCUCCGCUGACACGCUGAUCCACCUCCACACCUUCAACACCACCUUCACUCAACCCCUCUAUCCUGGGUUUAGGUUGUGGCCUAGGUCCUCAGUGUGUUUGUGUUCUGUGUAG